AUGUUAGGGGGCAAUGCUGAUCUACCGACAGAGGCUGGCCAGAAAAAAAAGUCCAAGAGAGACCAAAAUCCUGAAGACGGGAAGGAAGAGGCUCUGAAGGACUAUAAGAGCGUGCAAGAUGACCUGAAGGACGUUCUGCAUCGGUCUGCAGAGAAGCUGUCACAGUUCCUCUCCAAACACAGCCUGCCUGAGACAAGACAGAGGAUCGAACAUCUCAAGAACCGCCUGACAGGCUUGAAGCCAGACAUUUUGCAGGAUCCCAUUUACAUUGGCCUGUUCGGCAGCACCGGGGCAGGGAAGAGCACGUUGCUGAAUGCCAUCAUAGACAAAAACUUCUUCUUGCCGGUGUCUGGGACCAAAUCCUGCACGUCCUGCGUGGUGCAGGUCAACGCAAGCCCCAGCAAACACUACGAGGCAAAAAUUCACCUUCUCACAGAAGAGGAGUGGAAGGACGAGCUGAAGGGUCUGGUGGCACUUGCAGAAGGGGAUGGAGACAUGGAUGACAGUGAAAGACAGGAGGCUGUUUUGAAGAUCUCUGCUAUCUAUGGGGGAAAAGCUGGAACUAAGAGUUACAAAGAGCUGUGUAGUAUGAAUCCCAUCAUCCCUAUUCCCACUUCAAGAUGUAUCACCUUCAGGAGGAGCAAUGAAAGAGACUUUGCAAAACAAUUGCGCCCGUAUAUCUCGACUCGGAGCAAUGAUAGCGGAGAGCAUCCUCCAGAAGCAGGCACCAGUGUAGAAGGCAGAAACGCACAGCUCUGGCCUCUAAUCAGAAACGUGGAAGUGACCAUCCCAAGGGUGCUGGUGGUUCCCGAAGGUGUCGUCUUCCUGGAUAUUCCAGGGACGGGCGAUUUCAAUAGCAAAAGGGAUGCCAUGUGGAAAGAGAACAUCAACAAAUGCUCUGUCAUUUGGGUGGUCAACGCCAUCAAACGGAUUGGGGGAGACAAAACCCAUGAGGUGCUGCUGAAGGAAGGCAUGAAGGCUUUCCAGUGUGGGAUGUGCCAGGACAUCUCCUUGGUGGUCACAAUGUCUGAUGAGAUGGAUGUGGCUGAAUACUGUUGGGAAAACAACAUAGGCAAUAUGAAUGAACAUGAUGCCAUCCUAGAAAGGAAUGAAACUGUGAAGCAGGAGAAGAGAGUAACGAUGAAAGAAAACUUGGAGAGAAAGCUCCCAAGCGACUCCUACGUUCUGCACAAGCCUGAUCUCGUGUACACGGUCAGCGCCCGGGAGUACUGGACGGGGAAGGUGCUCAACAAGGAAGAAACAGAGAUCCCAAAGCUGAGGGAGUACAUCCAGAAGUUUUACGAAGAGCACAAGAGGAACAGACUGAUGGAUCAUGUGGAAGAGGCUUUGGUCGUUUUCUCACUGAUUCAGAGUCUCCGGUCCAGCCACAAUGCGCAGUACCAGUAUGUGAAGACAAGUCACUUGAAAGACUUAAUUAUGGAAAAGAUUGUUGAUUUGGGGAAAGACAUUGAAAAAUGUUUUACACCGAUUGACCAGCCACUCACGGAAGGCGUAGCUGACGCAAGGAGUUAUCGUGAAUUUGAACGCAAACUCAACCGCCUCGAUGCACUUUGGGUGCUCAUCCUCAGGGCUGGGAUGUGGAGCUCUGUUCCCUCCUUGCAGAACUUCCUCUCAUUUGACGCGCUCAGGGAUGAUCCCCUGGAGCAGCACAAGCGCCAGCCAGACUCUCGAGACCACGGGUUCCAGGGCUAUCACAGGACGCUGAAAGCCGUGUGCCUGAACAAGGGCGCGUACCCAUCCCGGGUCUUCGGCCGGCUAGACAUCAACAGCUCCCUGGCACAGCCCAUCUAUGAAAAAAUUGACAUGAGUUUUGGGAACAUGUUCAGUGAUGGUGGCAAGCGUUUGAAGUUCUUCUUGCAGACGGACUUCAUCAUCAGGGACACUGAAAAAUUCAUCCUCCAGAAGAAAGCCGACAUCUACAACUCCCUUACCGUAUCCAUUCAAAACGACCUGCUGCCUUGCUAUGAAGUCAUCACUUUACCAACAGAAGCUGCCAGGCAGAGGGGAGAACAAGCCUUGAGGAGGAUGCAAACCAUCCUUAGCGAGGGUAUAAGGAGAGAGUUGGAAAGGGGAAUGUUUGAAAAAGCAGAGAAGAUCAUGAGAGGGCACUUCCAGGCCCUGAAGGUGGAGAUCAUCAGGAAGAUGGAGCAGGACUUCUCUGACAAGCUCACUCUCAUCUUUUGCCCAUGGGACCAAGUCAACAGCGAGCUGCCAG